UUGGCCAAUUGGUUAGCGACGAAAAUAAGAAAAACUGCAAUGACUUUGGUUUCAGUCUCAAUAUUUUGGGGGCGCAGAGGGCUAUUUACCGGGUCCUCUCCGCGCCAAUUACCGUCGUUUCUCCUCCGUCUGCACCAUCGCGUACGGUCCACCAGGACACCAUGUCUCCGCCCUCCACCAGUUUACAUUCUGCCAUCUUCGUCUAUUGUUUAGUUGGUUUCAAUUUGCUGGGCGCGAUUUUUUCCUCAUCUGUGGACUCUAGAGACUUCGAUUAUCAGCAGCGCCCUGUGAUUCUUCCUCUCUAUAUUUCACCGACGAAUUCCACCCAUCAGCGCGUUUUGGACCGUGAUCAUCGUCUCCGGCACCUGUUGAACUUGGAAAAACCCCACUCGUCAAAUGCUCGAAUGAGGCUCUACGACGACCUCCUUACCAACGGGUAUUACACGACGCGUCUAUGGAUUGGGACUCCUCCACAAGAAUUUGCUCUUAUUGUGGACACCGGAAGUACUGUGACAUACGUUCCCUGCUCUAACUGCGUAGAUUGCGGGAACCAUCAGGAUCCAAGGUUCCAACCGAAGUUGUCUAGCUCAUAUCAACCUGUUAAGUGCAAUAUCGAUUGUAGCUGUGAUGACAAUGGAGUCCAGUGUACAUACGAGAGACGGUACGCAGAGAUGAGUACUAGCAGCGGUGUGCUUGCUGAGGACAUCAUGUCAUUUGGAAAAGAAAGUGAACUUCUACCCCAGCGUGCAGUCUUUGGCUGUGAAACUAUGGAAACUGGCGAUCUUUAUACCCAGCGUGCUGAUGGGAUUAUGGGUUUGGGCCGUGGUACACUCAGUGUGAUGGACCAACUUGUUGGCAAGGGUGCUGUGAGUAAUUCAUUUUCAUUAUGUUAUGGUGGGAUGGAUGUUGGUGGGGGUGCAAUGGUUCUUGGUGGGAUCUCUUCACCCCCUGGUAUGGUAUUUACCCACUCGGACACAACUCGAAGCCCAUAUUAUAAUAUAGAGUUGAAGGAAAUACAUGUUGCUGGGAAGCCAUUGAAGUUGAAUCCGAGGACUUUCGAUGGGAAGUAUGGAUCUGUCUUGGAUAGUGGAACUACAUAUGCUUAUUUUCCAGAAAAAGCCUACUAUGCAUUUAAGGACGCUCUAAUGAAGAAAAUUAGUUUCCUGAAACAAAUCAAUGGUCCUGACCCGAAUUUUAAAGAUAUUUGUUUUUCUGGUGCUGGGAGGGAUGUGUCUGAACUUUCAAAAGUCUUUCCAGAGGUUGCUAUGGUAUUUGCCAAUGGACAGAAAAUUUCACUCUCUCCGGAGAACUACUUGUUCCGGCAUACGAAGGUUAGUGGUGCAUAUUGUCUAGGAAUCUUUAAAAAUGGUAAUGAUCAGACAACACUUUUGGGAGGAAUUAUUGUUCGUAAUACCCUUGUCACCUAUGAUCGAGAGAACACCGAAAUUGGGUUUUGGAAGACUAACUGUUCUGAACUUUGGAAGAAUCUGCAUUAUCUUUCUCCUGCUCCUCCUCCAGCUCCUCCUCCAGCUCCUCUACCUUCCUAUGGUCAGAAUACAAGUAAUGAAAUUCCUCCACCUGUUUCUCCAACUGUGCCAUUUCUUUCCGGUGAAUUUCAGGUUGGAGUCAUAACAUUUAACAUGGUGCUUCAUGCCAACAAAUCCUCCGUGAAACUUAACAUCACUGAGCUUGCAGAAUUUAUUGCCAAUGAGCUUGAAGUUAAUGUCUCACAGGUUCAGGUGCUGAACUUCACAUCGGGGGAAACUGAUUUCUUCAUUAGAUGGGCCAUCUUCCCUGCUGAUUCUGCUGGUUAUAUAUCUAAUUCCACGGCAAUGGACAUAAUUUCUCGCCUGAAGGAACAUGACUUGCAACUUCCUGAAAAAUUCGGAAGCUAUCAGCUGGUUGAAUUGAAUAUUGAACCUCCAUUAAAGAAGACAUGGAUGGAGCAGCACUUCUGGUCUAUGAUGUCUAUUGUAGCAGCAGUUACCUUAGUUGUUGGAUUGGCAGCCGGAAGCACGUGGCUGAUUUGGAGAUACAGACGGAGGGAGCUGAGUUCAUAUGAGCCUGUUGGUGCUGUCGGACCCGAGCAAGAACUUCAGCCACUAUAGACCCCCUUUUUUUUUCUCUCUUUUUUGGUUGGAGUUAUGAUUCUGUAUAUCAGAUAUAUAUAGUUUCGGAUUAAAGAAAAGAUGUGAUUUGGGUAGGGAGAGAGUGAAAUUUAAACUAGCUUCAAAAACUGAGUGUAUAUGGUAGUCACUCAUACCAUGAAAUGCUUAGGACUGUUGUACACUGAUUUAGAGUUGUAGUAAAAACCACAGGAAGAAGGGAAAAAAACCAUACCAAACAAGAACAUGUGUUAUUGGAAUGGCUCAUGUAUUUAAGCAGGGACAAAGGUGCACAGCCUUGAGCUGUUCCCAGUGCCCUUUAUUACAGGUUGGUUUGAUUGAUGAAGUAGAUUUGAUUUAUAUGAA